UGGUGGAAGUAGUGACCGACUUUGAGAAGCGCACUCGCCUUCUUAAGCACUUGGAACAAAUCUCUAACGAAAAUGGCAAAGUUCUUAUCUUCGUCGCUACGAAGCGUGUCGCGGACGACAUUACCAAGUAUCUUCGUCAGGAUGGUUGGCCAGCACUUGCAAUUCACGGUGACAAGGAGCAACGCGAACGUGACUGGGUAUUGGGUGAAUUCAAGGCCGGAAGAAGUCCUAUUCUUAUUGCUACUGAUGUGGCAAGUCGUGGUUUAGUUGGUGGAGGGACUCGGGUCCUUGAUAACUUGAACUCUUUCCCUCCGAGCUUCAAGCGUCCCUGCAAAACCGAUAUACGCAACCCCCUUCCGACCAGACAAACAAGAUCUCGCCUUGCAGAACAACAAGCUGGUAUGAUCACUAGCAGACAACUCUACAGGCUACAUAGUUGGUAUAAGGGGCUCUAUGCGCGACGGAACCGUUGGGAACAUUUCUGUUCGUCCAUUGAUCCCGAGGUCUCCACAUUCCUUAUUCCGAUCGUCUCCGCUAAAGUUGCUAGUACCAGUAACUCAUUUAAUGGACAUGCGGACGAACUUUGGCUAUUUCCCACUCUCGCUCCCAUAUAUUCCUAUUCCUUGCCUGCAUUUCAUGAGUAUUGGUUGUUGACUUUGGCAGAAUUGCUAACGCGUUUGCCUUAUAGAACUAUGAUUUCCCUAAUAACUGCGAAGAUUAUAUCCACCGCAUUGGUCGUACAGGACGCGCUGGAAAGACUGGCACUGCAUUCACUUACUUCACUACAGAAAAUUCGAAACAGGCGACAGAGCUCGUCGCCAUCCUUCGAGACGCCAAACAAGAUGUCCCACCACAGCUUCAGGAGAUGUCCCGCUACGGCGGAGGUGGUGGUAAGAACAGAUACGGUGGCGGUGGAGGCGGUGGAUAUGGAGGAGGAGGAAGGGGUGGCAGAGGAGGAGGUCGCGGCGGUGGACGAGGUUAUGGAGGAGGCGGAGGCUACAAUCGCGGCGGUGGUGGUGGUGGCGGCGGCGGAGGAGGCGGUGGAUAUCAUGACUCUUGGUAAACGAUACCAGAUGUCCAAAUAUCCUAGCGCCAUGAUUAGUGAUGAAUCCUACGCUCCUUUUGAAGCCUCUGCCUCUUCUUGGACGACUUUUACUUAUAUCGUGCCCGGUAUGCGAUACUUUACCUUAAAGCUCUUCAUUGUUAUAGACCAAAAUCCCCACGAAUAUCAGAACAUUCACAAGUUAUUGGGACUGCGUACUAAGCAAAAGGUAGCCGUUCAUUGGGAUACAAG